AUGGCUCGGGACCGUCACCCUCCAGCUCUCAUCACUCUGAACGGCCGUACCAGUCGUCAAGCGUCCUCCAUGACCGUCUCUCAAGAACAAGAGAAGUAUACUCUCCUGCUUUCCUUCGAGCCGCCCUCAGAGUCGUCCGACGAAUCGAAUAGCUGUUCGGAUGAAGAAGAGACGCAGUCCACAUUCUCUGCUUCCAUGUCCGAUGCCACCCAAUCCCAGACAGUCCAAGGUAUUUUCGCUCAUUAUCUCCACGAGGGCUAUGCUCAUUCCAGCGCAGAAAAGACCCAAUGCAUUGCCCAUGAUGACACAUCCGAUGCCACCCAACCGGAUAGUGUCCAUACUAUUACCGUUGACACUGCCCGAGCCCCCUCGGGCACCACCGAACCUGAUGAGGACAAAACACCACCAGUCUCCCCGGCCUCCGCACCUAUCACAGCGCCCUCGGAACCUGUCCCUCAUACGCCUGUCGAAUCCCUUUCAGACGGCUGCUCCACCUCAAAAGAAGAGCACGAUCGAUCCGUCUCUCCGGCCGCAGCUCCCAGUCCAACACCAUCGGCGGUAGUCAGCGGUGCCCUUGUUCAGUCUCCUUCCGAAGGUUGUAUCACUUCAGAUGAGGACGAAACGCAGUCCGUUUCGUCUGUCUCCGUCUCCAGCAACCCUGCGGUGACCGUCGGUGCUACUCCGAUCGACACUCUCCCAGACGAGUUACUGUUAGAAGUAUGGCGAUGGGCCUUUCCUGCUUGUCAGUCUGCUGGAUGUCUGUGCACCGCUCCUUGGCCCGCCCAUGGGGUAUGCAGACGCUGGCGAGCAAUCAUUCUAUCGAGUGCGAGCUUUUGGACGAUCUUCCACGUCCCACCACAGCCCGCAACACGGACCAUGCAGAGGCGCCUUUCCCGUUCGAAGCACUAUGGCCUGCAUGUGAAUAUCGUGGCAGCCUCUGAAGGUCAGGACUGCUUGGAUGAGCGGCUGGUUAAAGUCGUGAAAAUGCUGGUCCAGCAGUGCCACCGCUGGAAGACCUGUCGUAUCGAUAUGACAUCCUUACCAUCGCGACGCGCAAAGCGAUUUUUGUCCCUCUUCAAGGACCUACGCGCGCCCCGCCUGGUCGAGUUAACCGUCCUGUCAUACUUCGAGAAGAUGCAACCGGUUCCAUUCGCGAACAGCUUGCCUGCCUUGACCAAACUGGUUUUGCGUGGACCGAUAAACCUUCGUAAAAAUCUGCACCUCUUGUCGGGUCUGACCACCUUGGUGAUAGAUCAAGUACACGGGGCUACCGGUGUUACGCAUCACGAACUCCAAGCGGCACUUGCUAACUGCCCAGGCCUCACUCGGCUUACGAUGGACGGUGCAUGGGUGGACUAUGACCCUUCCGAUGUUGAUUCCAGAGAAUAUGAUCUGAUUCAUCUUCCGUCCUUGGAGUUCCUGAAGCUUACCCUGGCUGUGGGGGAAGUAACCUUCGUUUCCGGACUCUUCAGACAUCUUUCUGCCCCUGCCCUGAGGACUCUGAAACUGCAUGAAUUCUCGUCUGACACAUUCGAUGCAUUCAUCGCUGCAAUAUCAUGCGACACAUCUCCAUUCCGGACGCCGUACCUGGCCACGCUGUCCUUGUUUGGGAUCGAGGCCCCCUCAGACCCUAAUUACGCUGCAAUCGGUGAUGACGGGCCGGACGGGGGAGAUCAACGCGAUGGUCAAAUAGAAGAUCACGACAAAGACGUGCGUCAAAGACGGCAGGGGGAGCGUGAAUCUGAUACUGAAGAGGACAGUGGCAACCAGACCGAUCCUGAAGCCGCUGCGACUAGUGAUUGCGAGGACCAGGAAGAAACUGAAGAGGGUGACCAGGUGGAAAGAGGCGAGGAAGAGAAUGGGACGAGAGGAGAAAGCAUCGGCGAGACUGAUCCUGGCGCUGAUGGGCAAAGCGGAGACGAAACCGCUUCAGAGACUCGCAACGGCGAUGAAGCGCAACGAGACGAUGGCGAGAAAGAAGGCGGAGGGGAGGGCGCUUCUGCGACCAGCACCGCUGAAGACAAUGGUGAUGACGCGAUUGAAGAGUACAGAGAUGCGGACAAUAACUUUCACCGUUGCAUCCAUUGCUUCCCUUCGGUCACUAAGUUGAUCAUUGGCGACAGCGGCCCUAACUCUUCCCCUGGAAACUGGCGAGCUCGCAUGCCCUCGGCUUCAUACCCUACUCUGGUCGGCGUCAGAUGA